CUCCUGUAAAUAAUACAUCUGUUAGCUGUAGCGGUGCACUGGGCUAUUAUUCCACUUAUUCCCCGCGGAGAGCAGCUUUAUCUAGAUGCUGUUAGCACACUGUGGAGGGGGGCAGUCCGCUGGCAGCCUGCCCGCUGUCGACCACCUCGCCGGGCUCACCUUAGCCUGAUAGUUAGCUGGUUAGGGCGCUAGCAUUAGCUAGCCACUGAGCUAAUCAGAGGUUAACUGGCUCUACGGGAGGAACAAGCUCGUCUCCGGAGGCCUGUAUCUGACCGGAUGGGUAUUUGAAAUGACUUUCAGCUGCAGCCUCUAACCGCAGGGAGGUGUAUCUCAGAUCGCAGGUCAAGCUUGCCUUGAUGUUGGACCUCCUGCCCAGCAUGCAGCCAUGAGCUCUGUCCUGUGGAGCCAGGAGAAGCCCAGCGGGGGCUUCAGGGAGGACUGGCGCUUCUACAUGGUCGUGAAGGAGUGCACGGUGGAGAAACCUCCACAGAAGACCCUGCGAAUCCCCCGCGGCAGUCUUGGCCAAGCAUGCCAGGAGCGCAACAGCCUGGGCCGAACUCUGCCCCAAUGCAAAGGCAAGAAAAGCAUCCGCAUUCUGGAUCAGACCAAUGUGGUGCUGAGCCUGGACGAGCGGGAUGUGCAGGAGCUUGACGAGAAGCUGGCUGAGCUGCUCUUCCCCAUUACCAACUGUGAGGAGAGAUACGCUCUGCUCUGCAACAACUCUCGGCUGGUGCGCUGCUGUGAUAUUGACUGUGGUUCCAAAGUGCGCGUCCAGCUGCGCUCAGGGGAUGAACCUCUGCCUGGUGUGGUCCGCUUCAAGGGCUCGCUGCUCCCUGACAGAGCCCUCUCUGGAAUCUGGUUUGGAGUCGAGCUACUGGAGGAGGGCCGGGGCCAAGGUUUCACGGAGGGCUCCUACCAGGGCCGCCAACUCUUCCGCUGUGAGGAUGAAUGCGGCGUGUUUGUGGCCCUGGACAAGCUUGAACUCUGGGAGGAUGAUGAUGAUGAUGAUGGCACAGGCGAGCUAGAGGUGGACCAUGUCAAUCUAGUGGAAGAGGACCAGGACUUCCCUCCACUGGAGAUCAACUCCAGGGUCCUGGUGCAGACCAGGGACGGACCUGAGAGAGGCACAAUCAUUUUUUGUGACCUGCUGCCAGGAAAUGAGAGCCUGGGCUUCUAUGUAGGAGUUGACAUGGACAAUCCUAUCGGGGACUGGGAUGGUGUGAUUGACGGGAAGCUGCUGUGUAAUUUUGCCAGUUUGGAACACACUCGACUUGUCCCCAUCUGUGACGUGAUGCCAGAAUAUUCCAUGCAGGACCAAAGGCUGCAAAAGCACAGUUUUGCCCCCAGAGGCAACAACAGUGAGAAGUUGUCCUCUGGCCAAAGCAAACCAAAGAGCAAAGGAUUAGGUCAUCAAUGUGGCAGUAGGAGCAAGUCUGAAUUUUACUAUACUUUAAAUGGCAGCUCUGUUGACCCCCCAGCCCAGUCCAAAUCCAAAAGCACAUGGUACAUUGAUGAAGUUGGUGAGGACCCCGCCAAAUCCCUUACUGACACGCCCCCCGACUUCAACCAAUCCUCCCCGCCCUCCAGGGCCCAGCCCUCUGCCUCUUUGUCCAGUGACAACAAGUUCCACUCUCUGCCCUUUAGCCUGAACCGGAAGACCGGGCCCAUCGACAGCAUGAGCCAUGGGCCUCUAUCCCUUUCUGUUCAGUCGGUGAUGGGAGAGCAGCCUGAGGCGCCGUCGCCCGCUGCUCCUCCCUCACCUCGACCGCCGACGCCUCCCCGAGGUCAGCCAGGCCUGGAGGUGGGCUCUCUGGUAGAGGUGAAGGAGAACCCCCCUCUGUGCGGUGUCAUUCGCUGGGUGGGUCUGCCUCCUGGCCUGCCGGAGCCUCUCGCCGGGCUGGAGCUGGAAGAAGAGUGUCCUGGUUGCACUGACGGCACCUUCAAAGGCACACGGUACUUCACCUGCCCACCCAAAAAAGCCCUGUUUGUGAAGCUCAAGUGCUGCCGGCCCGACUCCCGCUUCCCAUCCCUGCACCACUCGUCCAACCCAAUAGAGAGGUGCAACUCCAUCGGUGAGUCAGGACCAGGAUCACAGUUUAUUAAAGACACAAACUCAAUGCCUUAUGUUUUCACUUGUUCCAUGUUUGUGUACGCAGCAUUUGGGGGUUACCUGAGUGAGGUUGUACAUGAGAACACGCCCCCCCGCACAGAGCACGAUGGGUUGGAUGUCAUGGUGGGAAAAAAGAAAGGCAUCCAGGGCCACUACAACUCUUGCUACCUGGAUUCAACUCUCUUCUGCCUUUUUUCAUUCAGUUCUGUACUGGACACGGUUCUGCUGAGGCCACGAUCAAAGACUGACGUAGAAUAUUACAGAGAGACUCAAGAGCUGUUACGCACAGAGAUAGUCAACCCCCUGCGCAUACACGGGUAUGUUUGUGCCACGAAAGUGAUGAAGCUACGGAGGAUACUGGAGAAGGUUGAAGCUGCCUCUGGGUUUACCUCUGAAGAAAAAGAUCCUGAGGAGUUCCUCAAUAUCCUAUUCCACCACAUACUGAGGGUGGAUCCGUUGCUCAAGCUAAGGUCGGCAGGACAGAAAGUCCAGGACUGUUACUUUUACCAGAUCUUCAUGGACAAGAAGGACAAGGUGGGAGUUCCCACCAUCCAGCAGCUCCUCGAGUGGUCCUUCAUCAACAGUGACCUGAAGUUUGCAGAGGCUCCCUCCUGCCUUAUCAUCCAGAUGCCGCGGUUUGGCAAGGAAUUCAAAAUGUUCAACAAGAUUUUCCCCUCACUAGAGUUAGACAUCACAGACCUCCUUGAAGACACUCCGAGGGAAUGUCGAAUCUGCGGAGGCCUGGCUUUGUACGAGUGUCGAGACUGUUACGAGGACGGGGAUAUCACCGCUGGCAAGAUCAAGCAGUUCUGUGAAAAGUGCAAUACACAGGUUCACCUCCACCCGAGGAGAAAAACCCAUCGGCACGGCAAACUGUCCGUCCCCAAGGAGCUGCAAGACGGUACGGGGCGGCAGGGCAGUUUCCCCCGUCAGAGGAUGGAGCUGUUCGCCGUGCUGUGCAUCGAAACCAGUCACUACGUGGCCUUCGUCAAGUACGGCAGCGCAGAUUCAGCCUGGCUCUUCUUUGACAGCAUGGCGGACCGUGAUGGAGGGCAGAAUGGCUUCAACAUCCCCCAGGUGUCUCCCUGUCCAGAGGUGGAGGCCUACCUGAAGAUGACCCCAGAGGAGCUGCACGCUCUGGACCCCAAGAGCAUUCAGGGCCAGGCCCGACGCCUGCUGUGCGACGCCUACAUGUGCAUGUACCAGAGCCCGACCAUGAGCCUGUACAAGUAGAACCCUCUCCCCCAAGAACCCCAACCCCUCCAUUCCUGGCCCUCAGCCACACCAACUCCCCUUCCCCCUAGGGCAGGAGAUUCCCAGAAAGACCAAAAAAUACAAAAAUAAACUGAAAGAAGAAAGGCUGCCUGCCAGCAGGGGUGCUGUCUGGAGUUAACCCUCUACACCCCACCUUUCCUCAAUGCCUGCCCAUCUCCGAAAGUUGUGGAGAUGCAAGAAAGAGCGGGAGAAGCCUAUUUGCACUGUGCAUUAGUUCAAAUGUCGUGUUCUUCAUGUAGUCCUAUGUAGCUUCCCUGUGUCUCACAGCUGAGCGUUGGCGGCGGAUGAUGAAGCAGGCUUUAUGAAGAUUCCCUCCCUUUUCUGGGAGGGAGGAGGGGGGGGGGGGCAUGUUUGUGACGUUGUGGCCGACAAAACAUGCAACAAAAACAAGACAAGAGACCUCAUUUACCUUGAGAAAAUAGGAGUCCUGCUUUUCUUAAUCACUGUAAGAGACGGGAGACGCCAGGUUCAGGAAGCAGAUCAGCGCACAAACCCUCGUCCAGCUUGUGUGUUCUGUCAGAAACACUUGUGUAAACUCUCUCAGUAGCAUAGAUUUCUCCAGGUAGUUAAACAUCAGUGUAGAAUCUACUGUGCAGUUGCAUUAAGACCAUUCUGCUCUUCGUGAAACAGUUUACAUAUUUCUCCAUCACACUGUGUAAAUGUCUUUACUGUACAUGUUUUGCAGAAACAGAUGUAGCCAUUGUAAAAGUCUCACGUCAUUACUGCAUAUAUAUUAUAGACGUACUCAACCAAUGCUGCACUUUUGUUCUAUCCCCAAGUGGACUUAUAGGAAGCAUUUAGGUUUUUGCUCUUUAGUUUUUUUGCUCUGCCACUGGAAGUGGCAGCGAGUGCAAAUUUGUUGUUGGGGAGACAUCAGAGAUUUGUGUUACAGAAUACAAAUGCGCUUCUCCUCUGUAGCUGUAAAGAAUGGGCUGCAUUGCUAAUGCAGAGUAGAUGCCAGAUAAAUGCAUGAAGGGAGACUUGUACAAUGGCUCCUGUUGUAAUGCUCGGCUGGUGGAGCACUCCAUGCGUUCGUAGGGUCAAUGAGGUGAAAUACUGGAAGUAAGAGUGUGUGUGUGUGUGUGUGUGUGUGCUUGUGUGUGUGUGUGUGUGUGUGUGUGUCGCGAAGAAUUUCACAUGCAGUGUUUUUAGUCUCGUUGUGUUGAAGACUAAAUCUAAAUUAUAUUUUAUGUUCGUGAAGCCUUUUCUCUGCCCGGUCAUGGCGGCUCUGACUUCCUGCGGGUGAAGUGGAGCAAGUGUCGACUCGCUGCCUUUUCAUGAAGAUGGGACAUGUUUCCAGCCAUGCGCCAGAUAACUAAUGAACUGUGUUCAGAUAUUAUUAUUUAUUAUAUUCUAAUCAUAUUACAGAACUCAUGUUGUCCCUUUUUAAGAAACGACACAGGGGUUAAAGACACUGUAAGGUUUGGGUACUCCUUGUCCACUGUAUAUUGAAGGGAGUUUUUGUAGUUUACGCUGUCUCAAAGCAACUACUGAAUGUUAAUAGUGAAACGUUGGAACAGUGUGGCGUUGACAGAGGAUGGCAAAUGAAGUGGCACGAGGCUGGUAACCUUGGGUCUCCAUGUCUAUGUAUUUAAAGAAUUAAGAAUUAAAAGCUUGAUCCAUUGUAUCCCAGUUUUGCAGAAUAUACGUAAACCAACUAUACCCUGAGAUAUGAAAUAGUUUUUUUUUUAUAUAUAAAUCCCACAACAUUGGAUCAAACCGAUCGACCCAUCGCAGAUAUUGGCAUCAGCAUUUCGUGCAUUUGCUCAAAGUCACAACUAAAUCAUGGACUCAGUUGUGAGCGUAAGGAAAUGAUGUAAAGGGUUUUAUAAGUUGGGUUCCAGCUGACAACUUCCAUGUAGUUGUGAGUGUCCACUGUCCCAGGGAUUCAGACAGAGGACCUUGUUUUGUGCACGGCUGAAGCUCGUCGCUGACUGGAGCCUUGUUUUCUGUGAGAGACGUCUCGGAGCAGAUUUCAGUUUUUCUGUUGCAUCUGUAAAGUAUAGACAUACAGUAUGUAACGGGUGGGAAAUUAAUGUCUGUGAUGUUCCUGUAAAUGUUAACAAAAUAAAGCCCAUUUUGAAGGGUAAGCUGAA